CCAAAUGUUAGUAGAGUGAUAACACAAGACUGUACACUGUUUACUACUUGUGUUUUUGGGAUUACCAUGAAAUUGUCACCUGACUCCACCUUUCCCCUCAUCGUCUUGAUGACUUGCGUUGAGCUCAUCACCUUGAUCACAGCACGUCCCACUAAUAUACCACAAGGAAAAAAAGGUCUGCAGAUGCUGUAUCAAGACAUGCGUACGCUGCUGAAAUUAGUAUCUCAAGAAAGGCAUGGGAAUGAGAUGAAAGACUUUGAACAAUCACUCACAUCCCUGCCCUCCCUGAACUACAAAACAGAAGACCUGAAAUCACUCGAGGUGAGCAGUACAUUAGGACAGCUGUACUCUGGCCUUAAAUCCUUCAAGUUCCAUCUUGACUGGAUCCAGCAAAAACAAGAAGAAAUGGGGAGUGAUUUUGUUAAGACAAAGAAACUUGCUCAUCGCAUCCAAGUCAUCAGCCACAUGGUGCUCAUACAGAUUGGGACGACACCAUCUGAACUGGUCUACCCUUCCCUUUCACCUUUGAACACAGCUUGGAACUUGUACCAGGCCAAUGUGGAGAUCCUCGACAAACUGUAUUACUUUUGCAACUGGUACAUUAGAGCACUGGGAGUCCUGAAACACAGUCAACAGUGAUCAACAACAUCAUACUACACCAGUAGCCCUCAGUUUAUCUCCAUGAUGCCUGACUUGCCUUAAUGUUGGACAGGAUGGAAUGAAUGUUCCAGCCUUUGUAAGUCAUUCUCCAUUUUGACAGUGUUCUCCAGUUAAUAUUUCCUAUGUAUGUUGUUGUUGUUUUUAUUUUAUUAAUAAUUUAUGUAUUUAAUAUUUAUUGAACAGUUCUUUGUUUACAAUGAAGGAUUUUUAUACAUAGAGUGAAUGAGAAAAAUAGCACUUUAUGAAAAUAUUAAGUGUGCCAUUUCAAUAAUGGAAUUUGUAUGCAAAAAUCAGCUGCAGGCAGUUGCUAAUAAUGACCAUUAGGUGUCGCUUAGAAACCUUUUACUGGGGUUAUUAAUGCGCUAUAUACUGUAUAAUUAAAUGCAGUUUAGGACGGGCACUCUUUAAUUUAUUUAUCUUUUUUUUUUUUAAGUUAGUAAUUUCACCAGUAUGUCCUGAAUCAACAGUCUUGUUGAACAACAUAACCAUCUUCCAUUCAAAUUUUAAGGUUAAGGUUAGACUUUAGAUACACUUGCCACUUAAACAGCAUGGAAGUUAAAGCAACUGUAUUAAUGCAGGUUUUUUUUUUACCUUGAAAUAUCAGUUUCAGAAUAAUUCUGACAGUACACUUACACCACAAACCUCUGUUCUGCAUGUAUGUAAUGGUGAGUGGGUACGAAAUACCAGAGAUUGUUUUAAUAUUGGGAGAUGUGAGGGUCUGUAGUACUUACCAUUUGAAAAAGCGUAACAGCUCUCGUGAGGCACCUCAGCCAGUCAUACAAUGGCCUCUGGUCUCCUUCACUACAUACAGCCAAUGCAGCAGCAUUAGCAUUAGCCGUUGUGCUUUUUUGGCUAAAGGUUGCAGACUUGCCUUCCAGUGAAUGAUGUGGAUCCACGUCCUAUUUGGCAAAAUUACAAUAAAUGGAAGAUAAAUUUGGGCAUUCAACACAAAACAAAGUCCAGAGUUUCAUUAGGGCUACUGGAUGCUAUUGCUGCUGCACCAUGGUUUUUUGUGAACAUUGCAAAAUGCAGUAGCUAGAAAUGCACUCACUGCCUUCAGAUUGUAUUAAUUCCCUGUGAUUAUGUGCUUAUUCUAAAUUAAAGGUGCCAUCAUAUUUCAGAAAUGCACUGAAAACAAGAAAAAGACACCUUACAUUACUUGAAAAAAACUUUGACAUUGUUCAUGAUGGAUUCAUCAGACUACAUGUAGACAGAAAAAAUAGAUUUGCAAAUGUAUACAGUGCUUACAGUGGUGUUAAUAUCAGAGAAUUAUUUUGUAAAACCAUUCAGGUGAAGGGAACAUACACCUUAAUUCCCUCUGAUUUAGCUUUGCAAGCCCAUUGAGAAGGAUGUAGAUGCUUCAGUUGUGUCCUGGAUGUUGUUUAUUUUUCAUACUUUUUUAUACAUAUCUAUAUAUUUAUUUUUUUUAUUUAUAUUGUUCGACUAUUUAAUUGUUUUUGUCAUUUUUCUUUCAAUAAAAUUAUUUUACAUCAAAUGUUCACAGCUUUUUUUUUUUAACUUGUUGAACUGCGUCAGCAACAAGUGGACCUUUAAUAAAACAAUAAUCCAACCAUCAUCACAUCAUUUCAAAUGUUCUGUAAAUAAACCGUUAUAUUUGGAUUUUAAUAUUUGUUCCUUAAAUAAACUUGUGUGUCUUA